AUGGAGCUCAGCGACCUCCCGUCGGAGCUCAGGGCCCCCAACGAGACCCUGGAGAAGCCCCCGGAGGAUGAACCCAGGCCCCUGGUCACCAGUCCUUCGGGGAGCUGGAUCGUGUACAACCACCUGGGGGUGAACCAGGAUCAGGAUCAGCAGGAAGUGGUCGAUGUACAACAGGAAGCAGUUUGGAAAGGAGACGGGCAGGAGGAGGAGGAGGAGGCCACCGGGCGGGGGAUGGGGGCUUCCAUUGAGCCGAUGGAUACAAGUGUCGGAGGAGAGGGGAAGGAGACCCAUACUGCUGCUGGGGGGGAGGAGGUAGAAAUGGAUGAUGAAGACGAGGAGACGGCGGGUGAGGAGGAGAAGGAGGAGGAGGAGAAGGAGGAGGAGGAGGGGAAGGCGGAGGUGUCCCUGGUGGACCAGGGAGAAAGCGACGAAGACAUUUAUGCAUCGAAGGAGGAUAUGUACUCAUCGCCAUCCUCUUCGGAAGUCACACCUCUGAAGGUGGAGGAGAGCUGCAGUCUGGCCCCAAUGGUGGACCUGCUGUCCUACAGCCAGCGGGAGUGGAGAGGAAACACUACUAAGAGCGCCCUUAUAAGGAAGGGCUACCAGCAGAUGAUGGCGUGGUUUGGCGGUGUGCGUCGUGUGCGGGGGGACAACUACUGCGCCCUGAGGGCCACCCUCUUCCAGGUCCUCUCCCAGACCACCCAGUCCCCCGCCUGGCUCCAGCAAGAUCUCUUCACCACGUUGCCUGGGGAGCUGGAGGGCCCUGACGGACUACUCAGCCGGUGGUGGUUUCCCGGGGAGUACCAGUCAGGAGACGGCCAAAGCGCCCAACGACUUAAAGGAUACAUUGAGCUCCUCAGGAAAACGUGGGCGGCGGCGGCGGACUGCCCCACGGCGGAGGCGCGGCGGCGGCUGUGCGAGGGCGUGUUCCAGGGCGGGCAGGAGGAGCUGGGUCUGAUGGAGGCCCUCAAGCUGCUGAUGCUGGGCCGCGCGGCCGAGCUGCACCGCAGCAUGGAGCAGGGCCACGACGUCCCCGUGUUCUGCUGGCUGCUGUUCGCCCGCGACACCUCCCCCUGCCCGCGCACCUUCCUCACCAACCACCUGAGGCAGGUGGGCGUCAGCGGAGGCCUGGAGCAGGUGGAGAUGUUCCUGCUGGGCUACGCCCUGCGCUGCACCAUCCAGGUGUACCGCCUCUACAUGAGCGGCACCGAGGAGUUCCUGACCUACUACCCCGACGAUCACCGUGACGACUGGCCCGCCAUCAGCCUGGUCACCGAGGACGACCGCCACUACAACGUGCCGGUCGUCAUGGCGACAGCGGCACCAGAAGCAGCGUCCAGAUGAUAGGAAGAGGGGUUUGGAGGGGGGGGGGAAGCCUCCUCCUACCCGUCCACGUCCUCAGGUCCUUCCAGACUCUGGUGCCAUAUGACAAAUGAUGUGAGUUGUGUGCGUGUGUUGCGGCUUGUGUGUUUGUGUGUCAGAACUAUAAGCACAUGCUGGCCAACACCCAAACCUAUUUGUUCCCCCCCUCCUUUUUUGCCAAAUUGAAGAACGGUCUUCUGACUCAGGCCUCUGCCGCCACAGAAGUACUAAAUAUCAGCCACCAUGGGGGUGGGGUGGGGUGGGGGGGGGGGGGGUGCACAGUGUCAUCCACACUUGAGCCCCAGGCACAGACUUAUGGUCUUGUCAGUCCCCUUUCUUUGUGUCGCACCAAUAUUACAUCAAAACUUUGGAAUUAAGAAAUCUGGGUGUGUUCAAACACCAGCUGUGUGUGUGUGUGUUUGAGAGAGAGAGAGAGAGUGUGAUUGAGUGAGUGACAAACUGCCUUUUAACCAAGCUGUUCUUGGGGUGAGAUGUGCCAACGUCCUACACCAGCCUUCGGCCCUGCAGUGCCGGGGCCCAGCUCAGUGUUUCCCCCGCUUACGGACGCCCGGUUUGGAUGUGUUGUGGUGGGUGACCCUGCCCGUCGUCUAUAGAUACUCGGCGAUGAAGUGAUUCAAAAGAUGCCUUGAAAGGGUCCUGUGUAUGUGAGCAGGCCGCCGAGGGAUGAAGGGUGGGGUCUGAACCCGAGGUUGGGCUCCACGGUACUGCGGCCUCAUGCGGUGCUCCAAGUUGCCUUAGAUUUAAUGCACAAUAAGUAGGAGGGUCUAACGCGUCCCCGACCGCCAGGACGCCACCAUGGCCCGCCUUUCAGCCGGUGGCUGAGAAGAGGACUCUGAUUAGUCUGAUCUCUUGGUUGUUUAUUCGGGGGGGGGGGGGGAGAGUGGGAAUCUAAAAUGGGAAUAAAAAUAAUUUGUUUUCCAAGCUGGCGUCCCCGUUUGUGCUCCUGUCUUUAGUACAGAGGCUGGAGGCGUGGGUAAAUAUUAAAUCAGUUUAUUAGCCAAACAAGGAGGCCUGUACAUUAUUUACAGAACCAUGCGUGCAGAACAACAGCGGGCCGCUUUGGAAGGCAGACAAACUGAAUCUUCUAGAAGAACAAGCUUCUGAGAGCAGGGCCUCCCGCCCCCCUCGUCCCUUAAAUAUACACGUAGCAUCACCUAUAGAAAACAAUACUCUGUACAUCGUUAUGUCAAACACAAGUUGCACCAGCGAACAAGGCCCACCGUAUGAAGUCAAACAAGGCCUUAUCGGCAAGUUUCAGAGAAAAUAAUGAUAAAAACGUAAAAUAUGUUCCUCUAUUUCAUAACUCCACAAGCACACCAGAGACAAGGUCCUCCUGUGUCCGUUGUUUUUUAUUUUUUUUCCCUUAUCCGGUUCCCGGUAACCACGGCGAUGUAGGAGGUGACCGAGAUCCAGAAGACGUUGAGGUCGUUGACAUGGGGUGAGGGGUCAACACUUGGAGGUGGAUGGCUUUCUGUACAAUGUGCGUCGGAAUAGUUGAGGGAUGGGGGGAUUCAACACAGAAAAAUA